AGGCUGACAAACCAGAACGGUGCAGUAAUCACAAAAUGACUUCGAAGGAGUGGAUCGGUCUCUUGACGGUGGCCAGCCUUUUAUGGGCAGAAUCACAUGCUCAGCUUGGUGUAUGUGGCAUCCCUCCGCUGAACACCAGGAUAGUUGGAGGUGAAGACGCUCCAGCUGGAAGUUGGCCCUGGCAGGUCAGCCUGCAGAAAGAUGGCGGCCAUAUUUGUGGUGGUUCCCUCAUCAACAAAGAGUGGGUGAUGUCUGCUGCUCACUGCUUCUCCAGCGUCAGUACGUCUGGAUGGCAGGUUUCGCUCGGCCGUCAGAACCUGCAGGGCGCGAACCCAAACGAAGUGUCCAUAAAUGUUGCCAGUAUCAUUUUGCAUCCUCAAUAUAACAUGGGGAGCAGAUACAACAACGACAUUUCUCUACUAAGACUCUCCUCACCAGUACAAUUCACAAACUACAUCAGACCCGUGUGUCUGGCAGCCAGUGACAGUGUGUUUAACAACGGUACUGGUAGCUGGGUCACUGGCUGGGGCGCCGUCAGGGAGGGAGUGUCGUUGCCGUCCCCUGGAACCCUUCAAGAAGUGCAGGUGCCGGUUGUGGGAAACAGACAGUGCUACUGUCUCAAUGUCAAACUCGGUACUGUCACAGACAACAUGAUCUGUGCUGGUGUUCUGGCAGGAGGCAAAGACUCUUGUCAGGGCGACUCAGGAGGUCCAAUGGUGAACAAGAAGGGCUCCGUCUGGGUCCAGUCUGGAAUUGUUAGUUUUGGUGAAGGCUGCGCUCGGCCCAAUCUGCCGGGAGUCUACACCAGAGUGUCCAGGUACCAGUCCUGGAUCGACUCCCAAAUCAGCUCUGAUAAGCCGGGCUUCGUCCAGUUCACCUCCAAUGGGCUGGAUGCUGACAGCAGCUACACCUGUCCUGGUCUGCCACCUCCCGUUACACCAGCUACUACGACCACUAGCACUAUUAGUACUGCAGGAACAAACAAAACUACAGAUCCAGCAUCCACAGCAUCAAGUGCAACAUCUCCAUCAACAACUACAUCAAUUACAAGACCAAGUGCUACUGCCCAAAUUGUUACUAAUCCUUCUACACCGGUGUGUGGUAGAGCUCCAUUGAACAGUCGUGCUGUAGGGGACAGUGGGGUCGUACCUGGGGGGACUUGGCCUUGGAUGGUUCGUCUCCAUAAAAAUGGGCUUUACGCUUGUGGAGGAACCUUAAUCACGAGAACAGUUGUUCUCACGUCUGCCCAGUGCUUCUCUUCCUCCAAUCCAAACGCCAGUGAGUGGACAGCGUUUCUUGGCAGGAGUCUUGUGAACGUUUCUGGAGAGUUUGAGAUUUCUCUUGGCAUUGUGAACAUCACCGUGAGCCAAUUGGCGGGUUCUAAUAUUGGUCUGCUGCAUCUCAUCGAGCCAGUCAGCUACAAAGAUAACAUCCAGCCUGUGUGUAUGGAUGUUGCCGCUUCCAGGACCUUCCCCAUUGGAAGUCAAUGCUGGGUGGCAGGCUGGGAGAAGAGCACAGCCGCAGUUAGCUCAGUCCUUCGAGAUCUCGAAACUCAGGUGGCAAGUUGUGGGAAUGUUUCCGAUUCUGAAAACAUUUGCACUGUUACAAUCAACCUUCAACAGGAGGAUCAGGGCGGCCCGUUGCUGUGCAAGUCCGGCUCAUCCUGGUUUCAGGUGGCAGUCGUAACGAUAAGUGGAACUAAAUCUGUCCGCGCUGAUGUUCAGGUCUUUGCCAAAGCUUCAAGAUUCGGGUCCUUCCUAAGGGCGACGGUUGGCGACAUCCCGUCUUCUGCAGAAGAUGCAACAGGGAAUUCAACGGCAGCAACAAUGAAUUCAACGGCAGCAACAGGGAAUUCAACGGCAGCAACAGGGAAUUCAGCGGCAGCAACAGGGAAUUCAACGGCAGCACCUGGGAAUGUGACGGCUGCAACAAUAUGUGGCAUCCCUCCGCUGAACACCAGGAUAGUUGGAGGUGAAGACGCUCCAGCUGGAAGUUGGCCCUGGCAGGUCAGCCUGCAGAAAGAUGGCCGCCAUAUUUGUGGUGGUUCCCUCAUCAACAAAGAGUGGGUGAUGUCUGCUGCUCACUGCUUCUCCAGCGUCAGUACGUCUGGAUGGCAGGUUUCGCUCGGCCGUCAGAACCUGCAGGGCGCGAACCCAAACGAAGUGUCCAUAAAUGUUGCCAGUAUCAUUUUGCAUCCCCAAUAUAACAUGGGGGGCAGAUUCAACAACGACAUUUCUCUACUCAGACUCUCCUCACCAGUACAAUUCACAAACUACAUCAGACCCGUGUGUCUGGCAGCCAGUGACAGUGUGUUUAACAACGGUACUGGUAGCUGGGUCACUGGCUGGGGCGCCGUCAGGGAGGGAGUGUCGUUGCCGUCCCCUGGAACCCUUCAAGAAGUGCAGGUGCCGGUUGUGGGAAACAGACAGUGCUACUGUCUCAAUGUCAAACUCGGUACUGUCACAGACAACAUGAUCUGUGCUGGUGUUCUGGCAGGAGGCAAAGACUCUUGUCAGGGCGACUCAGGAGGUCCAAUGGUGAACAAGAAGGGCUCCGUCUGGGUCCAGUCUGGAAUUGUUAGUUUUGGUGAAGGCUGCGCUCGGCCCAAUCUGCCGGGAGUCUACACCAGAGUGUCCAGGUACCAGUCCUGGAUCGACUCCCAAAUCAGCUCUGAUAAGCCGGGCUUCGUCCAGUUCACCUCCAGUGGGCUGGAUGCUGACAGCAGCUACACCUGUCCUGGUCUGCCACCUCCCGUUACACCAGCUACUACGACCACUAGCACUAUUAGUACUGCAGGAACAAACAAAACUACAGAUCCAGCAUCCACAGCAUCAAGUGCAACAUCUCCAUCAACAACUACAUCAAUUACAAGACCAAGUGCUACUGCCCAAAUUGUUACUAAUCCUUCUACACCGGUGUGUGGUAGAGCUCCAUUGAACAGUCGUGCUGUAGGGGACAGUGGGGUCGUACCUGGGGGGACUUGGCCUUGGAUGGUUCGUCUCCAUAAAAAUGGGCUUUACGCUUGUGGAGGAACCUUAAUCACGAGAACAUUUGUUCUCACGUCUGCCCAGUGCUUCUCUUCCUCCAAUCCAAACGCCAGUGAGUGGACAGCGUUUCUUGGCAGGAGUCUUGUGAACGUUUCUGGAGAGUUUGAGAUUUCUCUUGGCAUUGUGAACAUCACCGUGAGCCAAUUGGCGGGUUCUAAUAUUGGUCUGCUGCAUCUCAUCGAGCCAGUCAGCUACAAAGAUAACAUCCAGCCUGUGUGUAUGGAUGUUGCCGCUUCCAGGACCUUCCCCAUUGGAAGUCAAUGCUGGGUGGCAGGCUGGGAGAAGAGCACAGCCGCAGUUAGCUCAGUCCUUCGAGAUCUCGAAACUCAGGUGGCAAGUUGUGGGAAUGUUUCUGAUUCAGAAAACAUUUGCACUGUUACAAUCAACCUUCAACAGGAGGAUCAGGGCGGCCCGCUGCUGUGCAAGUCUGGCUCAUCCUGGUUUCAGGUGGCAGUCGUAACGAUAAGUGGAACUAAAUCUGUCCGCGCUGAUGUUCAGGUCUUUGCCAAAGCUUCAAGAUUCGGGUCCUUCCUAAGGGCGACGGUUAGCGACAUCCCGUCUCCUGCAGAAGAUGCAACAGGGAAUUCAGCUGCAGCAACAAUGAAUUCAACGGCAGCAACAAUGAAUUCAACGGCAGCAACAGGGAAUUCAGCGGCAGCAACAGGGAAUGUGACGGCUGCAACAAUAUGUGGCAUCCCUCUGCUGAACACCAGGAUAGUUGGAGGUGAAGACGCUCCAGCUGGAAGUUGGCCCUGGCAGGUCAGCCUGCAGAAAGAUGGCGGCCAUAUUUGUGGUGGUUCCCUCAUCAACAAAGAGUGGGUGAUGUCUGCUGCUCACUGCUUCUCCAGCAUCAGUACGUCUGGAUGGCAGGUUUCGCUCGGCCGUCAGAACCUGCAGGGCGCGAACCCAAACGAAGUGUCCAUAAAUGUUGCCAGUAUCAUUUUGCAUCCUCAAUAUAACAUGGGGAGCAGAUUCAACAACGACAUUUCUCUACUAAGACUCUCCUCACCAGUACAAUUCACAAACUACAUCAGACCCGUGUGUCUGGCAGCCAGUGACAGUGUGUUUAACUACGGUACUGGUAGCUGGGUCACUGGCUGGGGCGCCGUCAGGGAGGGAGUGACGUUGCCGUCCCCUGGAACCCUUCAAGAAGUGCAGGUGCCAGUUGUGGGAAACAGACAGUGCUACUGUCUCAAUGUCAAAGUCGGUACUGUCACAGACAACAUGAUCUGUGCUGGUGUUCUGGCAGGAGGCAAAGACUCUUGUCAGGGCGACUCAGGAGGUCCAAUGGUGAACAAGAAGGGCUCCGUCUGGGUCCAGUCUGGAAUUGUUAGUUUUGGUGAAGGCUGCGCUCGGCCCAAUCUGCCGGGAGUCUACACCAGAGUGUCCAGGUACCAGUCCUGGAUCGUUUCCCAAAUCAGCUCUGAUAAGCCGGGCUUCGUCCAGUUCACCUCCAGUGGGCUGGAUGCUGACAGCAGCUACACCUGUCCUGGUCUGCCACCUCCCGUUACACCAGCUACUACGACCACUAGCACUAUUGCACCAGUGUGUGGUAGAGCUCCAUUGAACAGUCGUGCUGUAGGGGACAGUGGGGUCGUACCCGGGGGGACUUGGCCUUGGAUGGUUCGUCUCCAUAAAAAUGGGGUUUACGCUUGUGGAGGAACCUUAAUCACGAGAACAUUUGUUCUCACGUCUGCCCAGUGCUUUUCUUCCUCCAAUCCAAACGCCAGUGAGUGGACAGCGUUUCUUGGCAGGAGUCUUGUGAACGUUUCUGGAGAGUUUGAGAUUUCCCUUGGCAUUGUGAACAUCACCGUGAGCCAAUUGGCGGGUUCUAAUAUUGGUCUGCUGCAUCUCAUCGAGCCAGUCAGCUACAAAGAUAACAUCCAGCCUGUGUGUAUGGAUGUUGCCGCUUCCAGGACCUUUCCCAUUGGAAGUCAAUGCUGGGUGGCAGGCUGGGAGAAGAGCACAGCCGCAGUUAGCUCAGUCCUUCGAGAUCUCGAAACUCAGGUGGCAAGUUGUGGGAAUGUUUCUGAUUCAGAAAACAUUUGCACUGUUACAAUCAACCUUCAACAGGAGGAUCAGGGCGGCCCACUGCUGUGCAAGUCCGGCUCAUCCUGGUUUCAGGUGGCAGUCGUAACGAUAAGUGGAACUAAAUCUGUCCGCGCUGAUGUUCAGGUCUUUGCCAAAGCUUCAAGAUUCGGGUCCUUCCUAAGGGCGACGGUUGGCGACAUCCCGUCUCCUGCAGAAGAUGCAACAGGGAAUUCAACGGCAGCAACAAUGAAUUCAACGGCAGCACCUGGGAAUGUGACGGCUGCAACAAGUAACGCAGAAAGUUUCUCAAUUUCCCUUUUGCUGUCUUUUGCUGUGCCCAUGACCUCAGUGUUUCUGUUAUUGGGACUUUAGGGCUCUUGUCUCACAGCCGUUUUUAAAGUUCAUUACUGCUCUCUUCCCAAACUCUCUUAAAUGCAUUUCUGGUCAUUUGUCAUGCACUUCCAAGGUUAUAUUUGUAUAACAAACAUUUUCACUGUUUUAUUUUAUUGUUUCCUUAAAUUGUAGAGCAAAAGAUAUUUUUCAAUGACAUGAAUGAAGGACAACUGAUGGCAUUUUUUCUAUGCAUUUUUUCUAAGACGUGAUGAGUGAUGUCUAACAGUAAAUAUUCUUUAUAAAAUUAAAAUUAAAAGCCUAAUUUCUAAUCACAAGUAUAAUAAAUGAUGAUAAAGCAUGAA